AACGGGGUCUCAGAGAGGUUAAGGAAUUCCCCCGAGGUGACACAGCUGAUGACAGACAAGCCUCACUGCCUCCAUCCGGCGUGCUGCUGGAUGGCCACAUCUCUGGUGACAGCAUGGCAAAGACCCGGUUCUAAUUAAGCAUCAUCACCCAUCACCCUUUCUGGAGCACAGUGGCAAAGACAGCAUCCCUCUGUCCCGCACCGUGACCCUUCCUCCGAGGUCCUCACCCCAAAGAGUCCUUGCACUGUCACCAAGAUUAAUUACCCCUCAACCCCUGUGGAUGUGAAAGGAGGUCAUUUUACUAAGUUUGAUUAAAGCUUUAAGAGACAUUGUUGGCUGUUUCAGGACUGCUGACAAAGCCACCUACUUUUUUUCCAGAAAGGACAAAUUAUAUGCAAGAAGCCGCAACCCCCCAGAGGGGUCCACUUAGCCUCUGACUGUCACGGGGUGAUGUCCCACACCCUGGGGUGGCCAUCGCCGGGCAGGAGUGAAGUCGGCCCUCGCAGGCCUGGAGGCCCCCCUGGGAAUCCCUGCCUUGCCUUGUGAGCGGGCCUCCAUCUCUGGGACUUUCUUCCGAAUUCCCCCUCGACCAGGCGUGAUUUCCUCCAGCCCCGCCAGCCCCGGGAGGCGCCAGUCCGGACAGCAGAAAUGGUGACCCUGAGAAAGAGGACGCUCAAAGUGCUCACCUUCCUUGUCCUCUUCAUCUUCCUCACCUCCUUCUUCCUGAACUACUCCCACACCAUGGUGACCGCCACCUGGUUUCCCAAGCAGAUGGUCGUAGAGCUCUCGGAGAACUUCAAGAAGUUCAUGAAGUACACGCACAGGCCUUGCACCUGUGCCCGCUGCGUGGGCCAGGAGAGGGUGUCGGCCUGGUUCGACGAGAGGUUCAACCGGUCCAUGCAGCCGCUGCUGACCGCGCAGAAUGCGCUCCUGGAGGAGGACACCUACAGCUGGUGGCUGAAGCUCCAGCGGGAGAAGCAGCCCAAUAACUUGAACGAUACCAUCAGGGAGCUGUUCCAGGUGGUGCCCGGGAACGUGGACCCCCUGCUGGAGAAGAGGUCUGUGGGUUGCCGGCGCUGUGCCGUGGUGGGCAACUCCGGCAACCUGAGGGAAUCGUGGUAUGGGCCUCAGAUCGACAGCCACGACUUCGUGCUCAGGAUGAACAAGGCCCCCACGGUGGGCUUUGAGAUGGACGUUGGGAGCAAGACCACUCACCAUCUGGUGUACCCCGAGAGCUUCAGGGAGCUGGCGGAGAAUGUCAGCAUGGUCCUGGUCCCCUUCAAGACCACCGACCUGGAGUGGGUGGUCAGUGCCACCACCACGGGCACCAUCUCUCACACCUAUGUUCCUGUCCCCGCAAAGAUCAAAGUGAAAAAGAAUAAGAUCCUGAUCUACCACCCGGCCUUCAUCAAGUACGUCUUCGACAGCUGGCUGCAGGGCCACGGGCGGUACCCGUCCACGGGCAUCCUCUCCGUCAUCUUCUCGCUUCACAUCUGCGAUGAGGUGGACUUGUACGGCUUCGGGGCAGACAGUAAGGGGAACUGGCAUCACUACUGGGAGAACAACCCAUCGGCAGGGGCUUUUCGCAAGACCGGGGUGCACGAUGGAGACUUCGAGUCCAACGUGACGGCCACCUUGGCAUCCAUCAAUAAAAUCCGGAUAUUUAAGGGGAGAUGAUGCUGCUGGGAAGCCCCGGAACCCGCCUCUCCGUGGCCAGCCCCAGCCUCACGCUGGAACCGUUCUGCCCAGGGGACUUUGAGGGCCAUUCUCGGAGCUGUGUCCCGGGGCCCCUCAUGGCCUUUUGCACCCAGCAUUUGACAGCAUCUGCAGAGCGAGUCUCAGGACUGGUCCUCGAUGGGGAGACCCCACCCCAGGGCUGUCCUGGAGCUGGCAGAAGGUGGGGAGACAAGGGGGAGGUCCAGUCU